AGUGGAGUACAGCAGAUACUAUUCGAAUCCAUUGUAUUGAUUAUAAACUUGUAAAAUGGGAGUUGUACACAUGUUUUCUUGCCUCAUGACGGCCAGUGUGCACGCAUAUGCCGCCUGGCAGUGUUUGGAUAUGGCGCACAGUGAUAUGGAAUUGGAAAUGAGAUUGGCCGGCGCCCUGAACUUCAUGAUCUGUUCACUAAUGGUGGUUCUGUCUGUCUCAGGCAACAACUGUACACAAAUUGGGGUUGCCAUCACUACCAGCUUCAGUGAGUUUGUGUGCGCUCUGGUGAUCAUCUUCUCGAUGAUCGACCGCAACCAACUGACGGAGAAGACCAUGGAGAACACUCUACACAACCUUCAGGAGUUCGGCAAGGGAGGUGCUCUCACCACGGAAUCGACGUCCUUCCUGUGGGCACUGCUCCUGCUGUGGCUGUGUUCUCUGCACUGUACAACUGUGUUGUGUGGCAUGUGUUGUGGCGGACGUACGCAGACCACUACGAACGUCCCCCCUGCCCAGUCAAAGGAUGAGAAACAGAAGAAGCAAUAGAUUGCAGGCUAAUCGUACGGAGACCCUUGUAAUGUAGCUUAUGAAGCAAUAGACCCCACGAACGAACAAUAAAGUUAAUUCGACGUGUG